AUGCACCCAACAAAGAUUGUCCAGCUUGCCGCCCUGGCUGCCGUCCCCGCCUCUGCCGGUCUCGUGGCCUACGGCAUCUGUCAGGCCGGCUGCGCCAGCGUCGUCACAGCCUGCUACGGGGCCGCAGGCUUCAUCUGGGGUGCCACACUCGGCGCCACAGCUCCGGCGUCGGUGCUGGCCUGCAAUGCCGCCUUUGGCACCUGCUGCGCUGCCUGUGCCGCCGUGGCUUUGACGCCUACGCCUUGA